AGGCUUCCCCAGUCUUCCCUUUCUUCUUGACUCACUUGGCGGCACCCACUUCCAUCCGAGACGCGCGUUUCUUGGCCUCGGACAUCGGGCUCAUGUUGCCAUUGCAUAGUUGUGCCCAUGACUUCAUUCAAGUAGACCUACUGCCCUCUUGUCCUUUUGGUCCUCAACAGUGCACCAUCUUUCAACCUUAUCAAUAUUUCCCACGCCUCUCACAGGUUCUGACGAUCACUUCCUUCGUAUGAUAAUCUCAAAGCGCAUUUCUUUCGAAAUCGAGCCGUCCUUCGUAAGAUCAGCAAGAAUCACAUCACUGAUACCAAGAGCAUCUCGGGCUCUUUCGCGGCUGCCAACGACCACGACCCUGACCUGGGGUACCUCCCGGCUGUACUAGCUGACGACGGAGGCGGCCUAUUCAGACGAUCCUCAAAUCCAUUCAACAUGCGCUUCUUCGCCUUGUUACAGACUCUGGUACUUCUCGGGGCAACUGCUACAGCUUAUCGACUUCAAUAUCCCGACCACGAUUCCAAGACGGGAAAGAGAGGCCUCGAGCGCCGCGAUGGCAAAUACUUCCACGAACCCUCUGGCUCUCUCGAAUUAGGCCAUUACGAUGCCCGCUUUUUCAAACAGGCACUCGACUACGACGAGCAUCGCAUUGUCCUCCGGAACCUUAUUCGCGCCUACCUUACCGUCUGCUCUGAAAACAAAGUCGAGACCUGGUUGGCCCAUGGGACUCUCCUCGGUUGGUGGUGGAAUGGCCAGGUCAUGCCCUGGGACUACGACUUGGAUGUUCAAAUGUCUGCGGCUACUCUCGACUGGGUCGGCGAGAACCUCAACCGUACAGAGCACUUCUACAACUGGACCGGGACGGACAACAGCCAGCAUACAAGUCGUUACCUUCUCGACAUCAAUCCCCACCACAUCGAGCGCGAUCGUGGCGAUGGCCUGAACAUCAUCGAUGCUCGUUGGAUCGACAUGGCCAACGGUGCUUUCGUCGACGUCACCGGGGUUGCGGAACGCGAACUGCCUGAAAACCCCGGCGUCUGGUCGUGCCGGAAUUCGCACAGGUACCAUACGACAGACCUGUUCCCUAUGCGGCAGACCGAAUUCGAGGGGUUGCCUGCGAUUGUUCCGUACAGUUUCGAACGCAUCCUGAUUGAGGAGUACGGCGACAGGAGCAUCGUGGCAACGGAGUGGGCAGGAAAGCGUGGGUCAGGAUGGAUUAAAGUCCGCAUGGGUUUUGUUGUGUGA